AUGAGCGCCGCCGCCUGCCUGUUCGCCGCCGCCGUCUCCCUAUCCCACCCAUGGACCUCCGCACCCGCCUCCGCGGGACGACGCUGCCUUCGGAGCCGCACCACCCUCCUCCCCUGCUCCCCGACUCGCCGCCGUGGGCCGGUCCGGGCACUCGACGAGCGGCUGCUCGAUGGCGCGCCGGCGGAGACCGAAGAGGUUGAAACCGGUGUUGAUUUAGGGGGUGGAGGCGGGGUCGCUGAGGGUGAUGAAGUUGGAGCAGAGGAGGUGGAUGAGGAGCUGGAGCUGGAGCAGCGGCCGCCGCCGAGGGCUUUCGUGAAGAGCAGGCGGCAGCGGCAGGAAGAGGAGGAGGCCGCGGCGGGGCAAGACAGGUUCAAGCUCAUCAACGGCAAAGAGAUAUUUCAAGAGAAGGCUUAUCUGGUUGGUGUUGAGUGCAAACGGACAGGAGGGAACCUCUUCGGCAUAGAGGUGUCUCUUAAGGAGCUGGAGCAGUUGGCUGAUACCGCGGGCCUUGUGGUGGUCGGCUCAACCUAUCAGAAGCUUUCUGCCCCAAAUCCAAGGACUUACAUUGGUUCAGGCAAGGUUUCUGAAAUCAGGAGUGCAAUUCAAGCCCUUGAUGUUGAGACUGUAAUUUUCGAUGAUGAGUUAUCCCCUGGACAACUACGUAACUUGGAAAAGUCAUUUGGUGGGAGUGUCCGAGUCUGUGACCGAAUUGCUCUUAUUCUUGAUAUUUUUAAUCAAAGGGCAGCAACACAUGAAGCUGCUUUACAGGUCACCUUGGCACAGAUGGAAUAUCAACUUCCUAGGUUGACAAAAAUGUGGAGUCACCUUGAACGGCAGGCUGGAGGUCAAGUUAAGGGUAUGGGUGAGAAGCAAAUUGAAGUUGACAAGCGCAUCUUAAGAACUCAAGUAGGGUAUACAAAUGCUGGAAAAAGUACACUCCUGAACCGUUUAACUGGGGCUGAUGUUCUUGCAGAGGAUAAGUUAUUUGCCACGUUAGACCCAACUACAAGAAGGGUCUUGAUGAAGAAUGGGGCUGAGUUCCUUCUAACUGAUACUGUCGGAUUCAUUCAGAAGUUACCCACUAUGCUGGUAGCAGCAUUCAGAGCAACACUAGAAGAGAUAUCAGAAUCAUCAGUUAUAGUUCAUCUUGUGGACAUUAGCCAUCCAUUAGCUCAACAACAGAUAGAUGCUGUUGAAAGAAUUGACAAUACGGAUGAACCAUUGAGAGUAAAAGAGGAAGCUCAGAAACAAGGAAUAAUCUGCAUAUCAGCCAUGAAUGGUGAUGGUUUGGAAGAAUUCUGUAAUGCAGUUCAAGCAAAGUUGAAAGACUCAAUGGUUCCGAUAGAAGCUAUUGUUCCAUAUGACAAAGGAGAUCUCCUAAGUGACAUACAUAAGGUUGGAAUGGUUGAAAAAAUGGAGUACAAGGAAAAUGGGACAUUUGUAAAAGCUCAUGUGCCUCUACCUCUUGCAAGACUUCUCACACCUCUACGGCAGCAGGUGGUGGCCAGAGUGUGA